AUCUCUGCACAAACAAUCUCCAAGUGGGAGUAAGAGAGAGAGAGAGAGACCCCUCCUUCUACUCCAAAUUUUAGUUUAUUUAAGGCUUCCUUCCUCAUCACAAUCUCCAAGUCCAAAUUGAUUCUCUCGUCGAUCUCUUCCCCCGCGAUUUUUCGUUCCAAUUCAUAGAUCGUUGGAGUUCAAUCAACCAUGUUUACGCGAAUUUUUGGAAAGCCGAAGCAAGAAACCAAUGCGCUAGCGACUUUGGAGAAAUUAAACGAGACACUUGAAAUGCUGGAGAAAAAAGAAAAAGUACUACUGAAGAAGGCUGCUGCAGAGGUUGAAAAGGCCAAGGAAUUCACCCGAGCAAAGAACAAAAGAGCGGCAAUACAAUGUCUAAAAAGGAAGAGACUCUACGAACAGCAAAUUGAACAGCUGGGCAACUUCCAAUUGCGCAUUCACGAUCAAAUGAUCUUGCUCGAAGGUGCAAAAGCUACUACAGAGACUGUUGAUGCUCUAAGAACUGGAGCUGCUGCAAUGAAAGCCAUGCAGAAGGCAACGAAUAUUGAUGAUGUGGACAAAACAAUGGAUGAGAUUAAUGAGCAAACUGAGAACAUGAAACAAAUCCAGGAGGCAUUAUCAACUCCUAUUGGUGCUGCAGCUGACUUUGAUGAAGACGAAUUAGAAGCUGAACUUGAAGAACUGGAAGGAGCUGAGUUGGAGGAACAACUUCUCCAGCCUGCCACAACUGCUCCCAUUGUGCCCAUGCAAGUUCCAGCUGGAAGGGUACCUGCCCGUCCAACUCCUCAGAAGAAGAACACAGCCGAAGAAGAUGAGCUUGCUGCAUUACAGGCAGAAAUGGCACUUUAAGGAGUUAUCAAGUAAGAAGAGGAAUUGUGUAAAGAUUGGAUGUGUUGUAAAGAUGAAGGUUGAUUGCUUUGUGUCUGCACUGCCCGUGGCCUAAUUUAGUUUACUUGCUGAGCAAAAAAUCAUUGUACAGAUAAAGUCAAGUAAGCUAUCUUCAUCUUGAAUGCGGAAUAUUCCCGCCGCCCCCUGGUUUUAAAUUAUUGUUAUUUUCCAUUUCCAAACAUCCUUUGAACUGGAAACUGAAAUUCUCGAAACUGCAGAAAUUCCUGAUUGAGCAUUUAAGUUGACCGUGAGUUUUUCUUUUUCACGUUGAUGGUGUUUAGAAGGGGAGGAGAACAUAGAAUCUGAUAUCAGUUUACAGUUGAUAUUUGCAUUGGCUGCUGUGAGAUAUCAAAAUUUACUUUCUUUCCCUGCUCCAUUGUCAACUGAGCAAAUUAUUUUUUUUGUUUCACUUUGUGACAGUUAAAUGAUUGUUAUACUAAAUCUGUUUUUAGCUGUGA